AUGACUGCUGGAGAAGAGCCUUUCGAUAUUGCUGUUAUCGGCUCUGGUCUAGCUGGAACUUUCGCAACUAUUGCCUUAUCGCAUUUGCCCAAUGUGAAAAUCACUUCCUAUGAGAAAACGGAUGCCCCUAAAGAAGUGGGAGCCUGGAUUUCGCUUACCAAUGCUACGUUCGAUGUACUCUCUAACUUUGUAGACAUAAACAGCCUCAAUCGCAUUGCUUUCAAGGGGGACACCAACAACGAGUAUCUCACUCGACACUGGAAAACAGGUGAAGUCAUCUUCCGCCAACCGACCUUCAACCGUCCUAGACCUUUUGUAGAAGCCAGAACUCAUAGAAUCCCUUUGCAUGAUCUUCUUCUCAGCUAUGUUCCACCAGAUGUCAUUCAUUAUAGCCAUGACGUCAAGAAUCUAAGUUUGCAAUCUGACGGUACCAUUAUCAACUUCACUGAUGGCACUUCCAGCAGGAAGCACGAUUUGGUAGUUGUUGCUGAUGGGAUCUAUUCGAGAAUCAGACGUCAGUUUUAUCCAGAUGGCAAGAUCAAAUACAAAGGCUUGGUGGCCUACAGAAGUGUGUUUCCAGCAUCAUUGGUAUCGCACCUCGAAGUCAAGGAAGACACUUCAGUGUGGGUCAAAGAUGGAACGGUAAUUUUCCUUUCCAGGCUUGGACUAGACCAGUAUGGAAUCGUGGCUAUUCUAAGUGAACCAGAGUCUACGGCUUCUCAAUUGAGCUGGGACAAGUCUACUGGGAACUGGGGCAAACAUCGCCUUGUAGAGCAUUUCGCAGAGUGGGACCCCUACAUCAACGAUGUCAUCAAGUCGAUUCCAGAAAUCAGGGCUUAUCCUUUGGAACAGGCUCCUUGGCUCAGCAAUUUGGUCAUAGAAGAUAAAAUUGUCUUUAUCGGAGAUGCUGGUCAUCCAACGUCUGGUAUCUACGGUUCUGGGGCUUCGUUUGGAUUCUCUGAUGUUUGGGCGCUUUAUAGAGCCUUGCAAGAAACAUCGUCCAACUAUUGGAUUAAGAACAAUACCCCUACGUUUAAAUACAAUGCCAAAUUGGCCCUAUUCCUCUUUAAUGAGACGAGAAGAUAUUUCUUGCAACGGGUAGAACAGCAGGUGUCAAUUGACUCUCAGGUCAAAAGGGAGAAUCUAACUGAAAUAGACGACAAGGAAUGGACAGACCGUUAUCUUAUCGUCAGAGCAGGGGGUGAUUGGAUCCGGUCUCAUAAUGUAGAACUAGAAUUCCAGAAAGUUAGAGAUCAAUAUUUGAACUUGCUUCAAAAGAAUGUCACCAGCUUCAAAACAUCUGGGAAGGGAUUGUCUACGUUGGAUUUACCUAAACUCUAG